CUCUAUGGUUACUACUAUCCAGUCCUUCCUUCAAUCCCGCCCUCUCCCCUGCCCAGUCGGUUGAGGUCAGCUCAUGAAUACUUUCCCGGGAGCGUCUGGCACCGCUUGGUACCUCGGGUGCUCGCCUGCUGAGAGCCACAGCGCUGGCCCAGCCCUGGACCGUCAGCGAGGAACCUGCCUGGAAGACAGCUGAAUCUUGAGGUUACCGCCAUUGUUUGGAGAAGUCGAGUGAGUGGGUGUGGAACUGAGGCUAGCCGGCGUGCUCAGCCAGAAAAAUCUCACAUAAUACUAGGAAGUUGAACUUUCUCUGACAGAUCUAGAAAUAAACCUUGAGAUCUCCGGAAUAUCAGAAGGGAAGAAAGUUCUGUUGAUUUGCAUCAGCUUCUUGAGGACAUCGCCUCUGCUGAGAACUUACAAAGGAAGGUUGGUGGCGGUGAGGAGGGAAAACAAUGAUCUAGUGGUGAAUUCCGAGUCGCAUCUGGUAGGUUCUUCCCAGACUGCCAUGAGUCAGCCACCAACCGGGGGCGCUGCCCCUGCCGCAACCUCAGCUUCUGCAGCCGCCGCAGCCACCGAGGCUCGCCUGCAUCCGGAGGGCAGCAGCAGAAAGCAGCAGCGAGCUCAGUCACCCGCUAGACCGAGGGACAAUUCUUUCCGACAGACAACCGCAGCCACCAGGUCCCCUGUGGGGGCUGGCACUAAACUCAAUUCUGUUCGGCAGCAGCAGCAGCAACAGCAGGGGAACAAGACUGCCAGCCGCGCGGUGCCUGCGGCGGGCUCUCGAGCAGGCGGAGGCGGGACGGAGAAGGCGGUGCCCCCAGCACCCAAAGGGGCCGCUCCGGGAGCUGUCCAGCCUGUGACUGGUGCUGAAGCAGUCCCCGCGGCGACCCUGGCCGCUGUGGGCAGCAGGAGACCCGGGCCUCCAGAGGAGCCACCCCGGGAGAUAGAGUCAGUGCCCUCGAAACUCGGGGAGCCCCCUCCGCUUGGGGAAGGAGGAGGAGGGGGCGGGGAAGGAGGAGGAGUCAGCGGUGGCUCCGGGGACAGGGAGGGGGGUGCUCCGCAGCCGCCGCCGCCCAGGGGCUGGCGAGGGAAAGGCGUUCGCGUUCAGCAGAGGGGCGGCAGCAGUGGGGAGGGGGCCUCCCCUUCGCCAUCUACCUCUUCGGUGAGCAAAACCCCAGGCCCCAGCAGCAAAAACUCUGCGAGCGGUGUUGCAGGGGGCGGCAGCGGCGGUGGAGGGAGCUACUGGAAAGAAGGAUGUCUGCAGUCUGAGCUCAUCCAAUUCCAUCUCAAGAAGGAGCGGGCGGCAGCGGCGGCGGCCGCGGCUCAGAUGCACACGAAGAACGGCGGCGGCAGCAGUAGCAGCCGCAGCUCCCCGGUUGCAGGCGCCCCAACCAUUUGUGAGCCCCUGAUCGUCCCUUCCUCCUCGCCAAUGGCGGCGGCCGCGGAGGGCCCCCAGCAAAGCGCAGAGGGCAGCACCAGCGGCGGGGGCAUGCAAGCGGCGGCUCCCCCUUCGUCGCAGCCGCACCCGCAGCAGCUCCAAGAGCAGGAGGAAAUUCAGGAGGAGAUGGAGAAGCUGCGGGAGGAGAACGAGACUCUCAAGAACGAGAUCGAUGAGCUAAGAACCGAGAUGGACGAGAUGAGGGACACUUUCUUCGAGGAGGAUGCCUGUCAACUGCAGGAAAUGCGCCACGAGUUGGAAAGAGCCAACAAAAACUGCCGGAUCCUGCAGUACCGCCUCCGCAAAGCAGAGCGCAAACGGCUCCGUUACGCACAGACAGGGGAGAUCGAUGGCGAGCUGUUGCGCAGCCUGGAGCAGGACCUCAAGGUUGCAAAGGAUGUAUCUGUGAGACUUCACCAUGAACUGGAAAAUGUGGAAGAAAAAAGAACAACAACAGAAGAUGAAAAUGAGAAACUGAGGCAACAGCUUAUAGAAGUUGAAAUUGCAAAGCAAGCCUUACAGAAUGAGCUGGAGAAAAUGAAAGAGUUAUCCUUGAAAAGAAGAGGAAGCAAAGAUUUGCCAAAAUCUGAAAAAAAGGCUCAACAGACUCCCACAGAG